GAGCUGUCACACCUUUCAGAUUAACGUCUAUGAGUUCAGAGUGAAAGAAAUGCUGAAAGGAAGAUUCAACGAGCGCAGAGUCCGUCUGUUGUGCUGUAGUAAACCGGUACUGAAACAAGACAACCUGUCGGCACUGUAGCUGACAACGUUUACAUCUAGCGGAUAAACACAACAGCAGCUUUAUAUGGCAAAGUUCCUCUCCGAGCUGCUUGGAUGUACACUGUCCGAAAAAGGCGCAUCUCCGAUGAUCGAGUGCAGAAGUCAGCCACAUAUUGGACUGAGGCAUGUCACCAAACAACGGCCUACCAUAUUUGGGACACUGAUUGAAAAACCGCUGGGGGAUCACAAUUCAGACAAAAUGCCUCAGACGCCACCGUUUCCAGUGGUGUAUGGGUCCAACAGCUACAACAAGAAUCUCUACCAGACCAAGGAAGAGGAGUAUGAAGGCCUGGAUUACCAUGACAACAACCUGGUGUCAGGGUCCUUGGAGGCUCUUAUUGAGCACUUGGUCCCUACUGUGGCAUACUAUCCUGAUAGGACAUAUAUCUUCACAUUCCUGCUCAGUUCUCGUCUCUUUAUUCAGCCAUAUGAGCUGAUGUCCAAAGUGUGCCAUUUGUGUGUGGACCAGCAGAGACUCAGUGAUCCUCAGGCUGAUAAGACGAGAGUCAGAAAAAUCGCUCCCAAGAUCCUGCAGCUGCUGAGCGAAUGGACAGAGACAUUUCCAUAUGACUUCAGGGAUGAGCGCAUGAUGAAGAGUCUAAAGGAACUAACACAUCGACUGAGCACUGGAGACGAACUUUAUCGUAAGACCGUUCAACAGAUGACGCAAGCAUUGAUCCGUAGUCUCACCACGCUCAGCCAGUAUGAGGAAGCCCUGGCCAAGAUCAACUCCUCUGUGACCGACAGACUAACUGUGCUGAAGACCAAACCUCAGUCUAUUCAAAGGGACAUACUGACCAUCUGCAGUGACCCUUUCACCCUGGCACAACAACUCACACACAUAGAACUGGAAAGACUGAGCUACAUCGGACCAGAGGAGUUUGUUCAGGCGUUUGCCCCAAAAGACCCCCUUGAUAACGGCAAGAGAUGUUUUACUGAUCGCAAGAAAGCAAGUAACCUUGAAGCCUAUGUGGAGUGGUUUAACAGGCUCAGCUACCUUGUGGCGACAGAGAUCUGCAUGCCUGUAAAGAAGAAACAUCGUGCACGAGUCAUCGAGUUCUUCAUUGACGUAGCGCGAGAGUGCUUCAACAUCGGCAACUUCAACUCGCUCAUGGCCAUCAUAACCGGAAUGAACAUGAGUCCAGUAUCACGGCUAAAAAAGACCUGGAGCAAAGUCAAAACCGCCAAAUUUGAUAUCCUAGAGCACCAAAUGGAUCCUUCAAGCAAUUUCUACAACUACAGAACAGCACUGCGUGGAGCCACUCAGAGAUCCAUUACUGCUCACAGUAGCAGAGAGAAGAUUGUUAUUCCCUUCUUUAGCCUCCUGAUUAAAGACAUCUACUUCCUCAACGAAGGAUGUGCCAACAGGCUUCCGAACGGACAUGUCAAUUUUGAGAAAUUCUGGGAGCUGGCCAAACAAGUGACGGAAUUCAUGACGUGGAAGAAGGUUGAAUGUCCUUUUGAGAGAGACCGCAAGAUUCUGCAGUAUCUUCUGACAGCACCAGUCUUCAGUGAAGAUGCUUUGUAUCUGGCGUCGUAUGAAAGCGAAGGACCGGAGAACAACAUGGAGAAGGACAGAUGGAAAUCUCUCAGGUCAACCUUGCUAAACAGGACAUAAAGGAGUCAUGUGAAGAGCUGAAAAUCAAGUGAACCUCAAGCAAGCUGUGUCCCCCUUUUGACCCCUCCAAAAGUGAGAAGUAUCCCUGUUUUGUAAGGGAGACGACAAUCCGUAUUUUGCAGAACGUUGCAUUUUUACGUUGGAAAGAGCUGCAUCUUUUUACAAGGCCCUACUCUUUCAUACUGGAUAUUUCAGGCUUUUUCAUCUCUUUGUGCAGAUUUUAUAUUUCUUUUCUUUCUAAAAUGAAGAAUUUAAAUGAACUGAACGAUGUCUUUCGACUACAGAUCAAUUAUAACUUUGCUGUUCAGAAGUGCUCUAGAUGAUGGUCAAUGCGAACAGCCCCCAAACAUUUUUGAAGUGUCUUUCUUCUCUAUUGACUCUGUGAGUAUGCCGCUGGCUGGCAAACUCAUUUGGAUGAAGUUGGAAAAGAUAUAACCAGCAUUAUUGUACUGGGUUUCAGUACUGUGUAUUUUUCUUGUACCUAAAACAUUAAUUUAAGUAUAGAUUUAUGUUGUCACUAUUUUUUUGGAUAUUGUGUUUGUCAGUUUUUUAUGCAUAUGACAUAAGUAAUGCAUUGCUCUAACCUCUGUGAGUGACGAUUUAUGCGUGUGUGAACCUAUCAUGGGUUGCUAAAUGCACUGGAUGCUUUUGUGAAUAAAGUCGUCAAAUUAU